CGAACAGAAAUGAGUGCUGACGAAGCGAAGCAUCAGCGAGGGGAGUUGUAGCUACAAGUUUGAGCCGCGGAAGCUGAGCGAGAAGGGUAUUCAGUCCUUGGGUUUGGUCAUCGUGUUGUUCAGUCGAUGGGGAAGAUAUGCACCAAGCACGCCAAGGGCCAGGGGGCCGAGCCGCUGAAUGCCAACCUCAACCACUCGCGCUCCUUCACGGGAGGCGAAAUGGCCGGCGCUGUCGAGGUAAGAAAGCCCACACAAGGAUACACGGCGGAGGGAGGGCUGCGUGGGUGGUAGACAGUCGUGUCGGCGUGGCCGCCACUCAUGCAUGGCAUGGCUGACCGCCGAGGGGCUGGUCGGGUCGUGAUGGAUGGCUGAAUGGAUGUGAUGUGUGGUGUUCGUUGUGUGUCGCGUCUGUGUCAGGUUGGGCCGCCACACAAGGUGGUGGACGAGGAGAUUGAGGAGAUUUCCAAGACCUACAAGGUCAGCGGCUAGAUCAGCUUAGAUGUAUGAGGCAUACGGCCGGACGGACAAAGACGUCGCCUCCGCGUGUUAUCAAUUGUGUGUGUGUAGUUUUUUGUGCACAUCUGGGGCAUCAAGUGCCGGAAUCUCAAGGGCGGGGAGAACAGCUUCACGUUUGUGGUCUUGAACUGGGACGAUUACGCACUUGAAAAGAAGACACGGACCGUCAAGAACGGGGCCAAUCCAAAGGUGGGUGCUCUGAUGAUAGAUAGUGUGGUGAAUGGCGGCAGGCAGAAUGCCGAUUGGUGUUGUGUCUGUCUUGCGCCGUGUCUGCCGUGUCUGCCGUGCCGUGUGUUGAUGUGAGCAGUGGAACGACGUGUUUCAGUUCCACUGGACGGCUUCGUCGAUCCGCAAGAUGAAGGACCAGUACCUCAUCAUCACCGUCUGUGAGGACGACAAGGGACAGGGAAACGUUCUCGGAUCCGUCAAGGUCAGCCCAGCCCAGCCCAGCCCAGCCAAAGACACAGAGCAGAGCAACUGACCGUCUGUCUUGUGUGCUCGUAUGUGUGUCUGGGGCGGGGUGUGGUGUGGGUGUAGAUGUCGUUGUACAGCGUGGCUUCGGGGCCGAUUCACCAUGACUUCCGUCUGGAGGAGGCGCCGGGGAGCAAGAAGGACUGCGGCAGGGUCAUUUUCGACAUACGCAUGUCACAGAUAUGCCAACUGCUCAUCAACCCUGUUGAGGUACGUACGCCAGACAGACAGACAGACAGACAGAAGGACAAACGCAUUCAAAGGCACUCAGGGAGGGAGGGAGGGAGGGAGGCGACUGACUGACUCUCUGCUGUGUUGAAUGGACCGUCAGAUUCUGGUCAGUUUCCACCCCGGCGAGACCUUCGAGGAUGACUCAGAGACCUCACCCACACGAGAAGCGGUACGUGACGGUGACAAAGAACGAGAGUGACAGCAAGGGCACAACCUUGGGCCCUUGCUGUGUUGCGUUGUCUGCAGAGUUUGGAUGAUGAUGACGUUGACACCUCCAAGAUUGACAUGGAGGCCGACCCCAUAGAGGACGAGACCGAGGCCAUCGAGGGCGAGUGGCAACUCGUGCUCUCACCCACGGGCGUGGAGGGCGAGCAGGAGUACUUCUCGACCUGGACAGAAAAGUAAGCGAGUUGGUGGGGUCUUGUGGGGUGGGUUGGCCGUCCCCACGGCAACCACACACAACCGACCGACCUGCCGAUGUGUGUGUGUCCGUGACCCUAGGUGUUCCAAUCCGUAUUGGAACGCCGUUGACGACUCCAAGCUGCCGGACAUGCACGUGUCAAGCUCACACGUACGUCAGCAACAACCACCUCACACCAACGUCACAGCACCGCACCAUGGGUGCCUGCCUGGCUGGUGUACUUCUCUGUUUGUUCAGGUGUCGUUAUCUCCUCAGAGCAAGGCGCGUCAUAUUGUGAGCGGUGACCACCUGGACCCCAGCCACAUCGUCGUGGUGCACCCACACCCAUUCACCAACGACGGUAUACCAUGUCAUGGGACACACAGCACAACACAACACAACACAUGUGUCGUCUUGUCUGGUGUCACGCAGCGAAUUUCCUGGAUGUGCGUUCGGAUUUGCGUGCCGGUCCGCCCACGCCGUCUCCCCGCGGGUCGCCCCCCGAGCCCCUCUCCCCCUUCCCCCUCGGCAGCCAGCCAUUCAGCUCUACCGACACCUCGGCCAACAACAACACCAACACCACUGCCGCAACGACAGCCACCACUGCAGCGACUGGGUCGACGUCGCCGCCCCUGGCAGGUGCUCAGAGGAUGUCCAUUGCGAGUGUGGCGAGCGGGAGUGUGUCGCCUCCCACUGCGGCAUUGCGGUCGGUGACCAACUCAACCCCCACAACCACCACAGAGGCCACCAGCAAGUCGCCACAGAGGAGACUACGGAUAGCGCCCGUCACGUAAGCCGACAGAAUGAGCGGCCGCGUUUCUUUCGUCUCGCUUUGCCGUGAGUCCUUCCUUGUUGACUGUCGCUGUCUCUUUCUCCGUGUCUGUCUGUGUGUGUCAGCGCCCUUGACGACGCGCUGAAGAAGGAGCUGCAGCACAGCCACUCGUAUGCGUCCCUCCACCCGUCAAUGCACGCACUCGACCGGCAGGCGACUUACCACAAGCUCAGUAAGCUAGCUGCACACACAGCUGCACUCAGACUUACACCACAGCGGCCUUUACAUUGCAUCCGUCGCUCCCUCCCCUGGUGCUUGCAGCGUUGAUGUGUCGUAAGGGUCGUUUGGCCCGGGGUAUGCUGCUGGAGUGUCUGCCGACGAUUCAGCUGGAGACGACCAUGGAGGAGCUUCACCACCAGCACAUCCACUUCAAGGUCUACCUGCGGCGGCUGGGGCUCUCCAGCCUUAUGCUCUGCGGCGAGGUCUGGCUGCCCUUCCUCAAGAUGUAUGACCCGGACGUCGUCGACACGCCACUGGUACCGUACUCACGUCAGACACACGGCCGCCCACCAUACUGUGUGUGGCUGACGGGUGGGAUGAUGGUUCAGGAUAAGCAUUUUUUCGACUCGUAUUUCCGUGAGAAGCUGUGGCGGUACGGCAAGGCCAUCGGACACAUCGAGGGGAUCGUCGUCUUCCAAAAUAACCCCACGGUCAGCCCCUGCCACACACCGAGACACGCAGACAGAGAUCCGCACUGCGCUGUGUGUGUUGUGUGUUGUGUGCUGUGUGUUCAGGUUCGUCAGCUGCUGGCUGGUGUGCACACUGAGGACGGCUUCCGUAGGAUAUCGCCGCCCAUAUUGGGGGCGGAGCACAAGUCAGUCAACUUCUUCUUCAGAAACCAAGACAUCGUGCCCGUCGAGGUGACGACACACACCACAGACAGACACACGAUGCGAGCUGUGGAGGCGAUGUGUUGUCGUAUGUACGUUUGUCAGAUCAAGAAGAUCACUCAGCUGCACCAGACCCUACUCGACACCCUCUUCGCUAAGGGACAGCACAAGCCACAGGUAAGCACCCCCACCGACCACAGAAGAAUCCUUGUCUGGGUGUGCGUGUCCAUGUGUGUCUUUGUGUAACCAGACUGGCGGUGAGUCGUUCAGUUCGGUGUUCCAGCGGGGUCGGUCUCAGCGGCCGGACUCCCAAGUGCAGGACCUUCCCACCAUAUGCGAGCAGCUGCUCGCACUGCUCAAGACCUCACACGCGGUGCGCUCCGCUGCAAACACAGACACACGCAUCAUAUCUUGUUUGUGUGCACGUCAGUCAAUGUGUGUGUGUGUGUGUGUGUGUGGUUGUGUGGUUGUUGGUGUGUGCAGGAGACGCGCAAGUCGUUCAUCUACCAGAACGAGAGCGCGAUGCUGACAGGGCAGCGGGUGCUGCUCAACCUGGGCAAUCACGUCCUCGAGUACGUCGACUACAUCCUGUGGCAGCACCGCACGGGCUACUGCGCCAUGCUGCACCAGAUUCUCAAACGCGGCGAGCUCGACAUCGGCACCUGCCUACCAGAACUGCCGGAGCCAUGUAAACUUGUGUUGCCACUUCGCACAGGCAGAAACACCGACACAUGAAUUGAGUCGAUCCACAUGUGUGUUUGUGUGUUUCUCUCUCCUGUCCUCUCCUCUGCUCUCCAGUCCGUUCCAAGAGGUUGCCGCCGCACGAUGCCUACCUGUGCUACAAGCUGGUCAAGCAGGCAGAGAAACCCGCACAACAGAUGGAGAGAUCGUAACUAACACCUCCCCGCCCACCCAACACACACCACACCCCCCUCGGCCGACGAACGAACUAAUCCAUCGUGCUGUCUCCUUGCUUGGUUGGUUGCAGGGGCCCGACUCAGAGCAAGAUCGACCCGCCCUCGUUCAGGAAACCCAAGAACGUAAGAACAAAAGAGCCACACAGCCACACUAGUCACACUGGGAGAAGUACCGGAGAGACGGACACACACCCAUCAACCAACCUGGGUCUGUGUGUGUGUCUUGUGUGAUCAGGAGGAGGCGGCCCCGCUGAAGCUCAUCCGCAACUCGUCGCUCUGGUCCAUGCAGUCAGACGUACGUGGCAGACACAGACAUACUAUAGACGACACAGAGUACCAGACAGUAAACGAGUCGUUUGAUUGAUCAAUUUAUCUGAUAUAUUAGGCUGACAACGAGUCGACGGAUGAGGUCCACGCGCACCACCUGCAGGAGCUGGCCGAGUCACUCACCGACGUGCAAAAGACCGAGCUCAUCCUCUACCACAAACGAAUGAAGGUUUCUAUCCAUGCAGUGCACAGAUUGAUCAGAGAUCCUGGGAGGGAGGAAGCGAAUCAUCUGACAGGUGUGGUGUGGUGUGUUGUGGUGUGUUGUGGCCCGCAGUUGUGUCGCCAGUACUACCUGUUGCUGCUGAGAAUGCUCUACUACUCCCUCGACAAACUCUCCAAGUCAGUGCCGACACACAACACAAGGACGGCGCGUGCGUUCGGCCGUUUGCACCUCUUUAUCAGUAAAUUUGUGGGCUGGCUGGUUGGUUGGUUGAUUGGUCCAUGGAUUGGAUUGGAUGCAGCGACGCAGUGUUUGAGGGUCAGAAGAAGUACCUCUCGAUCUUCCUCUGCACCGCAUAUUUCAGGCUACCUCACGUACGUAUGACAUACAUCGACACUGAACCUCAACAAACACACCGACGCACCAUGACACCAUUUGUUUGUGCUGCGUGUCUGCACCGCCCGCAGUUCCGUGAGGACUUGCUGGGCGGUUUGCUGACUAAGGAGGAGCGUGAGAUGCAGAUCGAGGAGUGGCGGGGCACCGAAUACAACUUAUUCGACCCGGCACUCUCCAGACUAGAAAAGGUCCGUCCGUGGGGCAGUGAGGGAGUGAGUGAUGGAGGGAGGGAGGGAUGGAUGGGCGCGACAGCUACUGCAGAUGUCUGUCUGUCUGUCUGUCUUCGUGUGUGAUGUCUCUAUUUGUGUCAUGUGUGCAGUGGGUGGAUCGCACUGACCUGCAGGUCGUCCUGGACUGGGGGGCAUUCCACAGAAACCUCAGGGUCAGCCAAUACAUUCAAUCCAUGGGGCGAGGCGACCCAUAUCGCUGUCGUUUGUGCUACAUUGAUUGCUUGAUUGGUUGGUGUAGAGUUACUUUGGUGAGGGGUCGUUGGAGGAGGCGGCUGCGUCGCUGACCAAGCCGAAGGGUGACGAGUGGAAGGAACGCAUCUGCAAACGGGGGACGGCCUUCUUCUCAUUUCUGGAGCACUGGGUGGGCCGCUCAGGGGGGAACACAGACAGAGAGACUGCUAAGGAGCUGUGUGUCUGUGUGUGGCGCGUGUGUGAUGUGAUUGCUGGCUGCCUGCAGUCCAAGCACGUGUACCAGUUGGUGCCGAACAAGCAGUCUCUCCGGUGGCAUCUGAUUGCGGGCUACGCCACUCUGCUCAAGGGGCUGCUCCUGGAGAUGAAAUACAGGGAAGUCACAAAGGUACGUCAGUGAGUGCAGUGCCAGCCGAGCACUUCACUCACAGGCAUGUCGGCUGUCGAAGCCAAGCCACCAAAUGUACGUGUCUGUGAUCGUGUGUGUCCUGUCUGUCAUGUGUUGUGUGUGCUCUGCAGUAUCCCGAUUCGAUGCUGAACAGCAGCGGUGCGAUGCUGGCCAACGAGCGGCUGCUCAGCGUUUUCAUCAAGAUACUCUUCCUCAAAACAAGGUAGGUAGGUAGGUAUGUAUGUCGGCACUGACUGCCGCAGGCGUCUCGUCAUGCACACGUGUGUGCCGACCGACGGACGUGUGGUAUCAUUCUUGUCAUGUGUGUGUGUGUGUGUGUGUGUAUGUGUGCAGUGCGUAUCAUCCGCCCAGUGUGUUCUCGGCGAUGAACUACCUCGACUACUGGAUGCAAGUGAGAAAGGGAGGGAGACAGGGAGGGAGGGAGGCAGGCCACGCAAGCCGACACAGAUGGGGGGAUGGAUGGAUGGCAACGAAUCAUGUGACGAAUGAAUGGCCUUACGUGUGCGGCUGUGAAGGUGCUGUCGCUGCGCAACCAGCCGCUGCCGCCCAACUUUGAUUUCCACUUCCUACUCAAGGGUAGGGUACACACACACACACACACACACACUGGCGCGGCAUGCAUCCAUGCCCAUCCAUGGCCAUCCAUGUGUGUGUUAUGUAUGUGUUGUGUGUGUUGUGUAGGUUUGGACAUCUUGGUUGGGUGUGACAUGUGUCUGAACGUGGCCAAGGGUCUGUGGUUCAUCUACAAGAACCUCUCGGUCUUCCAGGGCACUCACCUCAGGGGCAUCGUACUCGACCUCCUCAUCAACAAAUACUUUAUCGUGUAUGAUCAGAGGCACACGUGCAUUGCAAUACAGACAGACAGACACACACACACACACAUACGUCGGGCGGCCACUCCCUGCACACGUCUGUGGCUUUGUUUGUCUGUGCGGUGUGGGUGUGUCAGUCUGUUUCUGAACUGGAGUUGGUUAGUGCGCAAGUGCUACAUCUGGUUCCUCCUAUACCGCGUCUGUGGUCAGUGAGGCGGGCAGGGAGGCACGCUCACAUGCAGCCACCUCGUGUCAUGCAUGUCAUGCGUCCACCGUCUGUCUGUCUGUCUGUCUGUGUGUCUGUCCACCAUCAGAGGCGGCACGGCGGACCAUCACGCGCAUCAGCAGCCCCAUGAACAAACUGACCGCAGACGAGAAAACGGUAAGGCCACACACACACACACACACAUGCACAAACGCCUCCGCUGUGUCAUGUCACCCCUCUCCCUCCUCCCUUGAUCUCUCCCUAUCUUUUCCCUUCCCCCCAUCAGAUGUUGGACGCCUACAGCCGUCUGUGUUGGUACCUCAACAAGGUCGGCGCCCCGCCGGUCUUCCCCCACACCUCCCUCCCAAGAUACAGAUCACUCUCAAGCGGCGAAGGCCAGGAGAUCGCAGCCGCAUGUGCGCAGCCUGGGGCACCCGUCACCACCACCACCAGCGGACCCACACCAUCCCCAGCCACCAACAACGGCACGGUCGUGGCGGCCCCCUCCCAGUCGGACACGUCCACCCUGCCGGUGCCUGACAAGGACAGCGGCAGGAGGCGUGGAGGGACCGCUGGUGGUGGUGGUGGGGACAGGAGUUCGCUGAUGAAGCUGGCGGUGGUGGAGGAGAUCCCUGAGGAGUGCAACGUGUACAUUGAGAGUGCCGUGCCCGAGUUCACCAAGGAGCUUGCGGCCUACAGGGACUGGGUCAUGGCGGGGGCCGACCCGGUAAGUACGCAUCCACUGCAGAUUGACAGACACCAACGUCUGCGUGAGACUUGUUCGUUCUCUGUCUUUGUUUGUCACAUAGCUGCCGACGAUGCACAUUCCCGCGUCGCCGUUGGAUCAGAACGUCGAUGUGCCCCUGGAGAACUGGUGAUGGAUGCCAUUAAAACCCUCCAUCCAUCCAUUCCCCCCCGCUCCCCUCCCCUCCCCCGACGCAGCCAUCGUCGGCGCCCCUUGCUUGUGCGUGCCGUCCAUCGUCGCGACGCGAGCCAGCCCCAACCGGGUUUGUUGCUCUUGGGUGGGGUGUGUGCGUAUGUAUGUAUGUGUAUGUGCUAUUUCUGGCAUGGUUGCCUGCCUGCCUGUGUGUGUGCUUCCGUGUGUGUACGUCUGUGUGGCCAUGGAUGCGUACGGUGCCUUGCCUCUCUCUCCCUCUCUCUUGGGGUUGUUUCUCACUCACUGGGUCUGUCUGUCUGUCUGUCUGAGAUUUAGCUGUUUUUGUGCUGCUGCCUGUGUGUGCGGUGCGGUGGUAAGGGACAAGGGCGCCUGUCUGUAAGUGGGUGGUGGGAGGCUUGGGACGGUCAGGCUAGCUAGCUGGCUGUACAGACACACGAGAGAGACGCAUAGAGAGGGAGGAAGCCAAGGAAGGUGUCCUGUUGCUCGCUUCCUCCACUUAAGUGGCCGGCUUGCAGAAACGAGGCCAAUGCAUUCAUGGACAUGACAUGACACGGGCAUCGCACCGC